AUGUCAACUAUGUUCGAUUUUAAAAAUAAUAAAGAAACCUUGAUUAACGCGGCUACUGCCUCAAAUAAAACAUUACCAUCAGAGAACCCUAAUAAUAGUUUUGUAAGUGAAAUUUCACAGAGGUAUUCCCAGGCUAUUCUUCGUGAACCUUCGGAUUCCGAAAAAUCAAGAUUUGACGACGUUCCAGAUUUCAUUAAACAGACUGGUUCUUUGAAAGUUCUCUAUGAUACACCACAUAAAAUUUUAAAUUCCCCUCCCUCUCCAUAUGACUUGACAAUCAAAUCUCUCCUAAAGGCCGGUCUUCAUUUGGGCCAUUCGAAAUCGCUAUGGAAUCCUUCUACUUUUCCGUUCAUAUUUGGCGUUCGUCACGAUAUUAGUAUCAUAAACCUCGAGCAUACUCUGAUUUAUCUACGCAGGGCAUGUAAAGUUGUUCGAGACGUGACCUAUCGUGGCGGUAUAAUUUUAUUCAUCAACACGCGUGGCGGGGGAUUCGCGCAUGCAACCAUAAAUGCCGCAAAAAGAUGCAAGCAAUAUCAACUUACGUCUCGUUGGCUGCCGGGCACCUUGACUAAUUCACAACAAAUUUUAGGCCAUUUGACGAAAAAAACCGACAAAGAUUUACUAGCAAAAGUUCACACCCCCGACUUAAUAGUGUUAUUGAACCCUGUCGAAAACGAAAUUGUGUUAAGAGAAUCAAGACAAAGUAAUGUUCCAACGAUAGGAAUUGUGGAUACCGAUUUUAAUCCAAUGAAAGUUGACUGGCCUAUACCAGCUAAUGAUGACUCGGUUAGAGGUGUAGAGUUGAUAGCGGGUGUGUUGAGCGUUGCCGCCAGAGAUGGACUCUUGCACAGAUAUAAUAUUUUACGAAAAUUAGCGGAAAUAAAGGAAAAGGGAGGCAGUAUUGUUGCGAAAUCAUAG